UGUUAUUGCAGAUAAAAUGGCAGGGAGGGGAAUGAGGUUGGUAACCUCAGGGUUAUUGAGAAACUUCGCCCAGAGAUCUGUAUUACCCAGGGUAACUUGUGUCAGGAAUGAAAGUACUGAAUCCUCUUUGGAAACCAGGCCAACCCUUCGUAAAUUUGAUCCUGCUGUUCGUCAAAAUUUGACAGAUUUCGGCCAGUAUGUGGCCGAAUGCAUGCCCAAGUUCGUUCAGAAGGUUCAGAUCACCGCAGGUGAUGAACUAGAGAUCUUGAUUGCUCCCAACGGAGUAGUUCCUGUUAUGUCCUUCCUAAAGAACCAUACAAACGCUCAAUUCGGCAGUCUGGUCGAUAUUGCUGGGGUGGAUAUGCCAACCAGAGAAUACAGGUUUGAGAUUGUUUACAAUCUAUUGAGCUUCAGAUUCAACUCAAGGAUCCGUGUUAAGACCUACACGGACGAACUCACACCCAUCGAGUCCGUCAACGACAUUUUUAAGGCCGCUAACUGGAAUGAACGUGAGGUUUGGGAUAUGUUUGGAGUAUACUUCACAAACCAUCCAGAUCUUAGAAGGAUUCUCACAGAUUACGGGUUUGAGGGACAUCCACUGCGUAAAGAUUUCCCCCUUACUGGAUACGUUGAAUGCAGAUACGACGACGAACUCAAGCGUGUUGUUCAAGAACCCGUGGAACUUGCACAGGAGUUUAGGAAGUUUGACUUGGCUGCUCCAUGGGAACAGUUUCCCGCAUUCAGAGAACAGCUCCCGGCCGCUGAAGAAGUCCCUAUUACGGAGAAGAAGUAAACCUUCUCAGUUCCCUUGGUCAGAAGUAUUUUCAAACAUUGAUACACUAGCCAGAAAUAAAACAGAUAACAUCAGUGACUCUUCAGCAAAAUUCUGUUUGAAAAUAUUAUGAUGAAAUUAGUCAGAUAACUAUUUAUGAUGAUGAUAUAAAAAUGGUAAAAAACUGAUUCAAUCUUGACAUUUUUGUGUUGAACCAUCUCCUUCUCCUACUCUAACUCUAUCUACUUCCUGAGGUUAAUGUUUAAAGAUUGUUUCAGAA